AUGGCGACCACCGUGGAUAAGAUCAAAGAAAUUGAGAAUGAGAUGGCCAAGACUCAAAAAAAUAAGGCUACGUCAUACCAUCUGGGACAAUUGAAGGCCAAACUUGCCAAGCUUAAAAGAGAGCUUUUGACUCCGUCUGGUGGGGGUGGAGGAGGAGGCGUUGGUUUCGACGUCGCCCGUACAGGUGUUGCAAGUGUGGGAUUCAUAGGUUUCCCAUCGGUCGGCAAGAGUACAUUGAUGAGCAGACUGACUGGCCAGCACUCUGAAGCUGCUGCUUACGAAUUCACCACUUUGACUACGGUCCCCGGACAAGUCAUCUAUAAUGGAGCAAAGAUUCAGAUUCUGGAUUUGCCUGGUAUUAUUGCGGGUGCCAAAGAUGGCAAGGGUCGUGGUCGUCAGGUCAUUGCUGUAGCAAAGACAUGCCAUUUGAUCUUCAUUGUGCUGGAUGUCAACAAGCCGUUGACAGAUAAAAAAGUUAUCGAAAACGAGUUGGAAGGGUUUGGAAUCAGGAUCAACAAACAACCACCAAACAUCGUCUUCAAGAAGAAGGAGAAGGGAGGAAUUUCCAUCUCCAGCACAGUUCCGUUGACAAACAUCAGCCACGAUGAAAUCCGAGCCGUGAUGAGCGAGUACAGAAUUAUCUCCGCAGAAAUUGCAAUCCGUUGCGACGCUACUAUCGACGACCUUAUCGACGUGCUCGAGGCUAAGAGUCGACGCUACAUUCCUGUCAUCUAUGCUCUGAACAAGAUUGAUUCUAUUUCGAUCGAGGAGCUAGAUCUGCUAUACCGAAUCCCCAACGCUUGCCCGAUCAGCUCCGAGCAUGGAUGGAAUAUUGAUGAGCUUCUGGAGCAAAUGUGGGACAAAUUAAAUCUUCGACGAGUGUAUACCAAACCCAAGGGCAGGCAGCCUGACUACACAGCACCUGUGGUGUUACGAAGUACGGCGUGUACUGUAGAGGACUUUUGCAAUUCCAUCCACAAGUCCAUUGUCGAACAGUUCAAGGUGGCUAUUGUGUACGGGCGAUCCGUCAAGCACCAGCCGCAGCGAGUUGGGCUUUCUCAUGAGCUUGCCGAUGAAGAUAUUCUCACAAUUCUUAAGCGAUAA